GCUCAAGUCUACCAUUGCCGCUUGAAUAAGGAGGUUUAAGUAUAACAUUGAAAUGUGUAAUUAUAAGAGUUAUUAUGCAUCUGCAUACACAUUUUAAUACCUGAGAAACAAGUUUUUAUAUCAAGUUAUUGGAAACCAAGGACCUCUAGUUUCUGGUAUUGCGCCGUCGAUCACUAAUAAUCUAGCUUCGGCCUAUAAACCAGUACAUCUUGCGAAUUUUAACAUAAACACGUCACAAUCCUUUUUUUACUUAACACAGGUAAAAUCAGGUGUAUGUUUGUGGCAUAACGUUGCGAAGGCAAGCGCGUUGGUUGUGUGUAAUGUGGUGGCAUUCGUGUGUUUUGUUUUUAUUUUUAAAAUGGAGUUUAAUUAACGCUGAUUGUGACGUAAUCGAUAAGAAAGAAUGGAAUGGAGUGAAUCCUCAUUGCGCGGUAUACGUGCCUCGACCUGUGAACCUGGUCAUCAUCGUACACACCGACACGCCUUGGUGCAGCACCACGGAACAAUGCAAAACCAGCAUCAAGAAGAUCCAAACUGACACAAUUAAUUCAAACAAAUUUUACGACGUUGGAUAUUCAUUUAUGAUCGGCGGCGACGGCAAGGUAUACGAAGGUGUGGGAUGGAUUCAUGUGGGCUUCCACACUAUUGGCUACGACCGCUCGGCCAUUGGCAUCGCAUUCGUUGGAAAUUAUAAUAAGGAUGCACCGACGGCGCAACAAAUGGAGGCCUUAAACGGGCUGUUGGCGUGCGGAGUGAAACUCGGCCACUUGACGCCUGACUACCGCAUCAUCACCCACAGGCAACUGAUCCUCUCUGACAGUCCGGGGAAAUCGCUCUACAACGAGAUUCGAAAACGGCCUCAAUGGAUAGAAAACAUUGAUAAAAUUUCUGAAGCACGUUCAUUAAUCAUCACUGGAUAUGCUGUAGAACUAGGCUUCUACGAUACCAAAACUGGUCUUUUAAAUAUUUCUGGGAUAGAUAAUAGAAUCUAUGAAGCCGUGGGCAAUCGUGACUACAAUAAUGCUGUCGACCUUAGCAUGAUUCUAGAAAAAUUCGGGACCGACAAAGAAUUAACGGACGUAGUCAACAAACUUCUUUAUGAUCGUGUUUCAACGACUUUGGAGUAUGCUUAUAAACUUUGGGACUAUGGAGGGCAAAAAAUAGUUUUAAAGCAUUUCCCUGUGGAAUUUCAAAUGAUAUUAAAUGGAGAGUCGUUCCAAAUAGAAAACACAAUGGACACACAAGCACUUAAAACGGAUGCCAGCCUAGAUAACGAUGGCGAUAGAAAUAUCUGGGGCGACAGCAGAGAGAGAUCCACUAAUAGAAUGAAAUGGAAAAUGUUUCCCAUAUGGGAAGAAAAUAAACUUUAUUUUAAAAUCUUUAACACUGGCCACCAAAUGUAUAUGAAAAUGGGAGUAAAGGAGGACGACAUAGGAGACCGUAAUGUUUAUGCUUCCUCAUCCUCCGACACAUAUAGGCACCAGUGGUACUUACACCCAUUGAAACACAAUAACGAAGUUCUGUUUUUAAUAUACAACAGAGAAUAUGGACAUGUCCUAAAGCUUGCGAGAGCGGUAGAUGAUUUGGGUGAUAGAUUAUUGUGGGGCCAAAAAGAAUCUUCAGGUGACCCUGAUAUUUUGGGUUGGCGCAUCUUUCAUUAGUAGGAUUGUACACCUAUAUAGAGCCAUAAUUUUUGGGCAAUAUCUUAAGUAGGGUGAGUAGGGUAGUUCCAAAAAAGAAAUCACUGUUUGGGUAUUGUAAAAUUAAGACCCUUAUUCGCAAUAUCUUGUACAAAUAUAUUUUACAUAAUUCAAUACCAUAGUACAUAAUAACAAUAAAAUAAUAAAAUUACCAUGCUUUGUGCUAUAACUUAGCCAACAAUA